AUGGAUCCUCCGAACGACGAUCACGGUACGCCAGAGUUAUCUGAAGAACUUCGGGAUCGCAGUUCUUCGGAGAGACAAAGCCCUGCUCCGACGUCUAGAAAUCGAAGCGUGAGUCCCGAAGGACCGCGGCCGCCCUUGCCUCCCCGACCGGAUUCAUUGAACUUGUUGGCCGAUGAAAGCGCUUCUGCACGUGCAGCCGGAUCGGCAGUACCUGAGAAUUUACAAGGGAAAGCUACAACGGCUGUUUCGUUGACCGAGAUCAGCUCACAACCGAACACGGAUGGUGUGAGGGAGGUAUCCGCAGGAGCAGGCCUGAGAAGUCUUCCGGAGAGUCUGCGAGUCAAGGCGAGUCUCAGCCAGCCUAGCAGCUCACGAGUGAGUGAGGCCGGGGACUCUGCAAGUAUCCGAAGCUUUGCUCCCGGCUCAGAAGCCGGUCAGGUGGAGGACCUUUUCGGUGAUUUCUCUGGCACGGAGGCGGGGAGCCAACGGAGCGAUGCCGCCAGUCUUCUGGAAUUUCCAGGGCUCAGGGAUGAUAGUGUGGACCAGUUCCUUCGAGAAUUUGAUCCGGUUGGAGAGCUGAAUGAAGAUGGAAGCAACGAAGAUAUUAUCCUUGCUAGAUGGAAGGCCAAACGGAAACAUUACCUUAUUCUUUCCGCGGCUGGCAAGCCAAUCUGGACGAGGCAUGGUGAAGGCGGGUUGAUAUCAUCAUAUAUUGGCAUCAUACAAACCAUCAUCUCGUUUUACGAAGGCUCAGAUGACCACCUACAGAGCUUUUCCGCAGGGGACACGAAAUUCGUGGUUGUUACUCGCGGUCCACUGCACCUCGUUGCCAUAAGUCGCAUGUUGGAAAGUGAGAGCCAGCUCAAGCUUCAACUCGAGGCACUGUAUAUGCAGAUUUUGUCCACCCUGACCCUACCGUCCCUAACGCAUCUCUUCUCCAUUCGUCCUUCCACAGAUCUGAAGCGGCCGCUUCAGGGGUCUGAGACUCUCCUUUCGACGCUGGCUGACAGCUUCACGAAAGGCUCUCCGUCCACUCUCCUCUCUGCCUUGGAAUGCUUACGUAUCCGCAAAGCCCAUCGCCAAGCGAUCAACAAUGCUUUGAUGAAGACCAGAGUGAAGAGUCUUCUUUACGGACUGGUGGUGGCCGGCGGACGACUUGUAAGCGUCGUCCGGCCUAAAAAGCACUCCCUACACCCCGGGGAUCUACAGCUUCUAUUCAACAUGAUUUUUGAAGCAGAAGGCGUGAAAGCUGGUGGCGGCGAGAGCUGGAUCCCAGUCUGCCUUCCCGGCUUCAAUAGCAGCGGUUAUCUGUACAUGUAUGUUAGCUUCCUCGACCUCCGCAGCGAAACGGCCACCAUCGCAGACGAGGCCGCCACAAAGGAAGACUCGGUAGCGAUCAUUUUAAUAAGCGCCGACAAGGAAAGCUUCUUCGAGCUACAGGAGAUGCGAAAUGCAUUUGUUGAGCAAAUGGAAAAGAAUGAAAGUAUCAAAAUCAUCAAAGCAGCCAUUGAAAAGGGCCGCCCUAUUGUCGGGGACAUUGUCCCGGGGAUCCCCCUCCACCAUUUCAUUUAUAAGUCUCGAGCGAAUGUCCAAUUCACGGCAUCUUCCUACGAGCCCGAAUUCAGCGAAGUCUCGAAGCGACAACGAUUGAUGUCCGUUUACAACAACCUCCAUGCCGGCGUACAUUCCAAACACACCCAUAUCAAAAUCCACCACUGCGCCUCCCAGUUCGCGAGCUCGUUCGCAUGGGUGACACCCCUGUUUGAAUUCUACUGUGUUUCUGGUCCGAGUGCAAGCCGAAACGCACUGGCCCAGAGUGCCAGUAAGAUCGUCCAAUGGGUCCAGCGGGAGGAAGAACGGCUGUUCAUUAUCGGCGGAGCGAUCUUCUAA